AUGAGCAAAUUUUUGUUACUUUUCAUUUUUAUCUUGGCAACAACUUAAGCAAUAACAUUUGAUUUAACUAGGCAUUGUGCAUGUGAAGAAUUGAAUGAAAGUGAAUGCCACAGAUUAUACUAAGUUUGUAAAUGGACAACUACUUGUGAAACAAUUUUAUCAAUAGCAUCUUUUUGCUCUAGUUUAUAGGAAUCAAGUUGCACUAAAUUAGAAUCAUACUAUUAAUGUGUUUGGGAAAAUAAAGCUUGUGUUGAGAAAACAUAUACAUGCGAUGACUUCAAAACAAAUCCUGAAUGUACCCACGAAUUAGAUUGUUGGUGGAAUAAAUCAGGAAAAUGUGCUUCAUUUACAUCUUGUGUUGAUUAUGAUGAAAGCAAUUGCAAUCGUUCUGGAUGCGAAUACAUUUCAGGAGCAUGCACUUAAAUUACAUGUUCUUCAUUCUAAUCUGAUCAAGAUUGCAAAUACAUGGAUUCUUAACAUUCUUUCUGUAGAUGGACGGAUGAUAAUAAAUGUCAACCGUUAUCUACAACGGCAACAUGCACAGACUUAAGUAGCUAUAAGUUCAAAUGUGAAGACAAUUUCGCGUGUAAAUAUGAAUCAAAUUAAUGUUCGUUUAGAACAUGUGCUGAAAUUAUAGGUAAGUACAAUAAUUGUAGAACUCUUCCUAUUAGUGGAACCGAAAAGAUAUUAUGUAGUUGGGAUGGAACAACCUGUGCUGAUGCAGAGGAUGCAAGCGAAUUAACAGAAAGUAAUUGUUUUGAAUGGUCUGCCUAUAAUUAUAGAUGGACAUCUGAUAAUAAAUGUGAAGCAUGCGAUACUUUGGUAUCAUUUGGUAAUUCAACCAGUGCUGCUAUCAUUCCAGUAUUUUUUGCAAUUGCUUUUAUUACCUGA